AUGAGUGCAAGUCCUGGUGCAUACCAAGGGAUAACUCACCAGUCACUCCCCAAGCACUCACCAGUCGUCUCAGCAGCACUCACCAGUCGUCUCAGCAGCACUCACCAGUCGUCUCAGCAGCACUCACCAGUCGUCUCAGCAGCACUCACCAGUCGUCUCAGCAGCACUCGCCAGCCGUCUCAGCAGCACUCACCAGUCGUCUCAGCAGCACUCACCAGUCGUCUCAGCAGCACUCGCCAGUCGUCUCAGCAGCACUCACCAGUCGUCUCAGCAGCACUCGCCAGUCGUCUCAGCAGCACUCACCAGUCGUCUCAGCAGCACUCGCCAGUCGUCUCAGCAGCACUCACCAGUCGUCUCAGCAGCACUCACCAGUCGUCUCAGCAGCACUCACCAGUCGUCUCAGCAGCACUCACCAGUCGUCUCAGCAGCACUCGCCAGUCGUCUCAGCAGCACUCACCAGUCGUCUCAGCAGCACUCACCAGUCGUCUCAGCAGCACUCACCAGUCGUCUCAGCAGCUCACCAGUCGUCUCAGCAGCACGCCUGUCGUGCAGAAAAGCAGUCUCGUGUUGGGACCGCGCCGGCUCUCCAUCCUGAUCUGA